AUGUCUCAAGAAAGCGCAAGCCCUCCCGUUGUAGGAUCUUAUACUCAAGGGGAUGGAUACAACACACAAGCAGACUCAUACAAGUCACUGGAUGAGAACGCGAACCCUCUUCGCAGGGUUUCUACCACAUCAUCUGUUGAUGAUUCUCCUCGUCAGGAUGCGCAAGGGAAGAAGAAACGACUGUCAUUCGGAGGGGGUAAUGAUGGUCGAGGAGGUCCAAUGUUCAAGAACCUUGAAACCAUAAGAGGGCACCACACAUCUGAGGGUUACAAUGAUCAAAAGCCUAUGGAUGGUUUCAUUGGUGCUGCUUUCAAACGAUUCGUCUCUCCUAAGCACUCAAGUACCGUUGCGGGUGGCAAAGUGUAA